AUGGCUUCGAAAACUGCAUAUAAGCGUCUCACCAAGGAGUACAAGCACAUCCAGGAGGAGCCUCCACCGUACAUUACGGCGCACCCACUUGAGAGUAAUAUCCUAGAAUGGGUGUAUCUCAUCGACGGUCCCCCAGACACUCCAUAUACUGGUGGACAGUACUGGGGUACACUCGUGUUCCCUCCUGAUUAUCCUUUCAAACCACCGGCGAUCCGGAUGAUGACACCUUCCGGACGCUUUCAGACAUCGACAAGGCUGUGUCUCUCGAUAUCGGACUUUCACCCUAAAUCCUUUAAUCCGGCCUGGGAGGUCUCUACUAUUCUCACUGGCCUUCUAUCUUUCAUGACGUCGGAAGAAAUGACGACCGGAUCGAUAUCUGCGACCCCCGCGCAGCGAAAACAACUGGCCGCGAUGUCGCGAUGGUGGAAUUCGACUGGUGGCGGUACAAGUACGGGUGGCGGUGGCAAGAUAGGGUUUGGUGAUGGAGGCGCCCGUUUCAGGACAGACUGGCCAGAGGUCGAUAGAGAUAACUGGCAGUGGAUGAGAGACCAUAAAAUCAAUCCCCAGAAUGGUCGGGUCAUGGCUGCUAGCACACCUAUGCCCAUGAAAUCGGAAGGCACAGAUAUACAGGAAAAGCAGGUAGCUGAGCGAAUAGCAGUUGCGGAAAGAGCAAGUCAAAGCUGGUUCAGCAGAAAUAAAAUAAUGAUUGCAACGGCAGUCAUCGUUGCCUGGGUUGCUAUUGGUAGAGUCUUCCAGCACGACGUUUCCGCAUUGUGA